GUCUCCUCGGACACCACAGCAGCCCUCGAAGCUUCUUCUUCAGUUCGCCUUUCUUCUUCGUCUUCUUCUUCUCGAAGUUUGGGGUGUCUCCGUUACAGCUGAGUUAGCAUGUCUGGCUGUGCUAACGUCGAGUAAUGUUGUAGUUUCCCUUCCCCGUGUCCCGCGUGGAAAUGUCCGGGUUUAAAGACUCCCCCUCUGCGUUCAGAGACCUGGGGGGACUAGCGACGAGAGCCGAAGAGGAGCUCCACCGAAGAAACCUGCUGGAUGUGGUUUUAAACCCUAAAGUAAAGGUGAAGACGGCAGUGAUUCCUGCAGCUGCCCAGCUGUUGGUGAGUGAAGAACAGAACCCCCAGCAGUACACUGAGACCCCACUCAUUAAGGAGGAACAGGAGGAAUUGUGGAGCAGCCAGGAGGGAGAGCAUCUUCAAGGACUAAAAGUGGCUGACAACACCAUGUUUCCUUUCAACAUUGUCUAUGUGAAGAGUGAAGAUGAUGAGGAGAAACCUCAGUCCCCACAGCUUCACAAUAGACAAAGUGAACAGAUGGAAUCAAGAGCUGUUGGAGAGGAUUGUGGAGCAGCAGAACCAGCCAGGAACCCAGAUCCAGAGGCUCAAUUACAACCAGAGAUAGAGGUCAAGAUUGAAGAUUCUUCCGGAGCUGAGACAGAUAAUAAUGAUGGUUGUAGGGAGAAUAAAGAAAAUCCGUCAGGUUCAAACUCUGUGGAAGAAAAAUCCCUUAGCUGCCCUGAGUGUGGUAUAACAUGCAAAGACAUAACAGAACUGACUAUACACACGAGAAUUCACACUGGAGAAAAAAACUUCAACUGCUCUAUUUGCAGUAAAACAUUUACCCGGAAAGGACAGCUAACCAAACACAACUUGGUGCACACGGGAGAGAGACCCUUCAGCUGCUCUGAGUGUGGUAAAACAUUCAAGAGGAAACAUCAUCUGACGGACCACAAGAGACUUCACACAGGAGAGAAACCCUUCAGCUGCUCUGAGUGCGGUAGAACAUUCAACUGGAGACAUCAUCUAACAGACCAUAUGAGAUUCCACACAGGAGAGAAACCCUUCAGUUGCUCUGAGUGUGGUAAAACAUUCCAGAAAAAGCAGAGUCUGACCCACCACAUGAGAACUCAUACUGGAGAGAAACUCUUCCGCUGCCCUUUUUGUCUUAAGACAUUUACACAGAAAAGUAAUAUGGAUGCUCACGUUAGAGUUCACAUGGAUGACAAACCCUUCAGCUGUUCUGAGUGUGGUAAAAGUUUCCAAAGCAAUAAAGAUCUGAACAGACAUACUAGGAUUCACACAGGAGAGAAACCCUUUACCUGCUCUGAGUGUGGUAAAGAAUUUAAUGAAAAGGAAAAUCAGAUACGACACAUGAAAGUGCACACAGAAGAGAAACCCUUCUGCUGCUCUUUGUGCAGUAAAAGAUUUAAGCACAAUUUUCAUCUCCUCCUUCACAUGGCACAUCACAGAGGGGAGAAACCCUACAGCUGCAGUGAGUGUAAGCGAUCCUUCGCCUGGCAUUGUCAGAUAAAAAGACACAAAUGUGUCCGAGCUCAGGGUUCAGAGCCUGAUCAAAACCAAACUGAGGAGAGAAGAGAGGCAGAAACAGGAGCUGAUGGAGAGGACUGGGUAGGAGCUGGACCAGCCUGGAGCUCAGAUCCAGAGAGAUAUUUACAACCAGAGACUGAGGUCAGGAAUGAAGACUCUUCUGAAGAUGAGACUGACAACAGAGAUGAUUGGAGGGAGACCAGAGAGCUUCAUUCAGUGCUUCCCGCAUAUGACCAACAACUGUUGGUGAGUAAAGAAGAGUGUCUCCAGGAGGACUCUGGGCCCCCACACAUUAAAGAGGAACAGGAGGAACUGUGGAGCAGUCCGGAGAAGGAAGAGCUUCAAGGACUAAAGGAGGCCGACACCACAAAGUUCCCAUUCAAAAUUGUCAUUGUAAAAAGUGAGGAUGAUGAAGAGAGACCUUGUCCUCACAGCUUCAUGAGAGAUAAAGUGAAGAGAUGGAAACAGGAGCUGAUUGAAAGGGCUGUGGAGGAGCAGAACCAGCUGAUUGAGUUCAAUUAAAUGGUGUAUUAAUUAAUAAAAGAAGUCCAGUGCUGUUAAGUCUCUACUGUUGAUGCUGGAGAGAAAUGACAGUCUUAUAAUGGAACUGAAUGUUCUUAAACAUUUAUUUUGAUCAUUUUCUUCAGCUGAUGUUAGUUUUGAAUGUUGAGAUUUGCAUCGACAACACUCCUCACCCACACAGAGAUCACCUGCUGUAAUGACUGAAUAUAGAGUUACACCUUUCAACUGAGAACAUGUUAUUUGAGUGAGUUUUUGGUAUCUGAAGCUAAAGAGUAUUAAAAAAUAUUAUCAAGACAUCUGAUGAGCUUCCUUCAAACCUAGCCAGAGUAGGGGAAUGGGAUGUGCUGGGCUGUUUUACCCUUGGAAGUGGCAUUCCCUGUUUUAUGCAGAUUUGGGAGAGACCUGUCAGAGAGAACUCUGGAUGAGUUCCAGGAAAGGCUUCAUAUUUAAUAUGUGAAGUUGACAGUGAGGUUAUGUAGAUAAUUGGAAUAAGUCUUUUACUUCAGUUAUUCACAAAGCAGCUCAGUCAACAGUUCCACUAAAGAAAAAUCCCAAACCUCCACUUGUUCCCUGGUGGGACAAAAAGUGUGAGAAAUAGAAAUAAAGCACAUUGGAAAUUGAGAAAGUGUCAAAUGUUGUGCUAUGCACUGCAGCACAGGUGUCAAACUCAAGGCCCGGGGGCUAAAUCCGGCCCCCAAGAUGAUCUCAUAUUUCUGUUCUAACUGGCCCAUAUGUAUGAGGUCUACAAAUUUCCUCUAGUAUAAAAAUGUGAACUGAACCUUGAUGGUUUAAGAUAUCCUUGUUAAGUCACAAAAUCUAAAAAAAAUAAGGAGUAAAAACAUUUAGAUAAGA